CAAUAAGAUCAUAACACAAGACAACCCAUUAGGAAGAAAAGAAAAUGGCAAGAAGAGCAGGAGCCUCAAUGGCUUCGUUCACCACAUUUUUGGUGGUACUCAUAUCUCUCAGUCUUCCAUUCCAAACCAUAGCAGAUGUUUACUAUUACAGCUCACCACCACCCCCGACUCCUGUGUACAAGUAUGCGUCGCCGCCGCCGCCUACUCCCGUAUACAAGUACAAGUCACCACCACCACCAACUCAUGUAUACAAAUACAAAUCACCACCUCCACCUACUCACGUAUACAAAUACAAAUCACCUCCACCUCCUACUCCCGUAUACAAGCACAAAUCUCCACCACCACCUAUCCCUGUAUACAAAUACAAAUCACCUCCACCUCCUACUCCCGUAUACAAGUACAAAUCUCCACCACCACCUACCCAUGUAUACAAAUACAAAUCACCUCCACCUCCUACUCCCGUGUACAAGUACAAAUCUCCACCACCUCCUACUCCCGUGUACAAGUACAAGUCACCACCACCACCCACCCCAGUGUACAAGUACAAGUCACCUCCUCCACCUACUCCCGUAUAUAAGUACAAGUCACCACCACCACCAACCCCUGUAUACAAAUACAAAUCACCUCCUCCUCCUACUCAUGUAUACAAGUACAAGUCACCGCCACCUCCAACCCCAACCCCUGUAUACAAAUACAAAUCACCUCCACCUCCUACUCCCGUAUACAAGUAUAAAUCUCCACCACCACCUACCCCCGUGUACAAAUACAAAUCACCUCCUCCUCCUACUCCCGUGUACAAGUACAAAUCACCACCACCACCUACCCCCGUAUACAAGUACAAGUCACCACCACCGCCCACCCCAGUGUACAAGUACAAAUCACCACCACCACCUACCCCAGUGUACAAAUACAAGUCACCACCACCACCUACCCCAGUGUACAAAUACAAGUCACCACCACCUCCUGUUUACAAGUACAAAUCCCCUACACCACCUACCCCAGUGUAUAAGUAUAAAUCUCCACCACCACCGGCCACCCCAUUCUAUAAGUAUAAAUCUCCACCACCACCCACCCCUGUCUAUAAGUACAAAUCCCCACCACCACCUACUCCUAUCUACAAAUACAAGUCUCCACCACCUCCUACUCCAAUCUACAAGUACAAAUCGCCUCCACCACCUACCCCAGUUUACAAGUACAAAUCACCACCACCACCUCCCCCAGUCUAUAAGUAUAAGUCACCACCACCUCCUACUCCGAUAUACAAGCCCGCUCCCCAUCCAGUUUACAAACACAAAUCACCUCCACCACCUACCCCGGUAUACAAGUAUAAGUCACCACCACCUCCUACUCCAGUACAUAAGCCGGCUCCUCAUCCAGUGUACAAGUACAAAUCCCCACCACCACCUACUCCUGUCCACAAGCCCACCCCAGUUUACCUAUAUGCAUCACCUCCUCCUCCCCAUUAUUGAUGAAUUACCUAAAUUUCCACUCGGUUUCAUCCCUGUAUUUCCCUAUUUGUACUUCAAUAAGAGAGUAAAGCAUCUCCAUAUCGAUUUUGUGUACAAGAAGGAAAGAACCACAGAUGGUGGAUUUCAUUAUUCUUCUGUUUUCUAUUUUUUAUUAGUAAUCCUUGCGCGAGUCUGUAAACUUCAAAUGCAUUCCCACGUAAGAGCACCAAUGUAUUCUCAUAAUUAUAUACUUUCUCAAUAAACUUACUUUCUCCCAA